GUGAUACUAAGCUUUUUUGACCAGUUUAUGAGCCCCACAUAUCUGGGAAUUCCCCUCAUUGCCCUUGCCCUCAGCUUACCCUGAAUCCUCUACCCCAAACCUACUCCCCGUUGACUAAACAACCGCCUCAUCACACUCCAAGGAUGGUUUAUUAACCGCUUCACCCAACAAAUUUUUCAACCUCUAAAUUUAAAAGGCCAUAAAUGAGCAGCUCUUUUCGCCUCCCUCAUACUCUUCCUCAUUACCUUAAACAUACUUGGCCUCCUACCCUAUACCUUCACCCCUACAACACAGCUCUCCCUCAACAUGGCCUUCGCCGUCCCCCUCUGACUUGCAACAGUCAUUAUUGGUAUGCGAAACCAGCCUACCCAUGCCCUAGGCCACCUAUUACCAGAAGGUACCCCUACCCUCUUAAUCCCUAUCCUAAUUAUUAUCGAAACAAUUAGCCUAUUUAUUCGCCCCCUCGCACUUGCCGUACGAUUAACCGCAAACCUUACAGCCGGCCACCUUUUAAUUCAACUCAUUGCCACCGCCGCCUUUGUCCUCCUCCCCCUUAUAACUACAGUAGCCAUUCUGACCGCAGUGCUACUGUUUCUCCUGACCCUUCUAGAAAUUGCAGUAGCCAUAAUUCAAGCCUAUGUCUUUGUCCUUCUUUUAAGUCUCUACCUACAAGAAAACGUUUA